CUUUGCCAAGAUCGGAAAUAGAUCAUUAACUACAAUAAUCUCCUGGUCUUAUUAAGUACAUACUUGCCUCCAGUUAAUAGCAAUCUUAAUUGUAGCCCGGGAUUGUCUUUAUGCGCUACAGAUCAAACCAAACUGUGAACUAUGAGCGAGCAUAAUGUUACCAGCGAAGAGGAGGCGGUUAACAGCACUGUAGUCUCCAGAUCUUCUGUUCCUGAACUACAGCGAGGCAUGUCUGACACUUCCGCAGUCUGCGAGACUGAAGCUGAUGAUUUCUUUGUGCGGGAACCGCAGCUAGACGAAGAUCUUGUUAAGGCACAACACAAUUGUCCGUUGAAUGCACUUAAUCAUGGUCUACGUCCUGGUGUAGCUGUUAACUCAGUUGAUGGUAAAUUCAUAAGUAAGAAAUAUGGUACUAAUGAAGAUCAAACUGGAUUUCUAGAUUCAGCUGAAGCUUAUCAAACGAUUGAGAGAAAGCCUUCAUUGGACAUCAGUGAAAGUCGUUCCAACAGACAAACCCACAUCAACACAGACAAAAUGGAAGAGGAAAUCAGUCCAGUUUCUGACAAUGCAGCAAUUGACAGUGAUGAGCCGUCCGACCAAACUGCUAGUAGAAGGAGAAUGUUGACUGCAUGUGGUUGUUUUAAGAAGAUAAUAUUUCCUGUAGUUGGAAUGAUUUUGUACAGUUGGGACAUUUUCACUGAUAUGAAGAUGGCAAUAAGUUACAAAGAAAGCGGUGACUUGGACUUGUUUCUUUACACGGUAUUGGCCCUUCUUUGUCCUGCAUUAUUUAUUAUGAUAAUGGACAUCGGCUGGCUGCUCAUAGAUUACCGUUAUUCCAAGAAGGCAAGACAAACAGGUACAUGUACCUCUAACGUACAAGUUGAUCUAAAAACAAGGAAAAGACCCAUAGCCAGUAACGCAAAUUGUCUGAUUGUUGAUCAACUAACGGAUGCCAGUGAUCAUGUAUUUAGUACAUCACAUGAAAAUGGUCGCUUGGACGUAACAACAACUACACCAACUGACGGCCCGUCACUUCUUAGACAUGAGUCUUAUCAACCGACUCAUAGUGGUGAUGCUACUGUAAAGGAUGAUCUGUUUGAAAACGAAACUAGCGAAGGGACGAACAUAAUUCGGCAUGUCAUAUGGCAGAGAAUUCCGAAAGGUUUUAAGGUGGUUUUUAGGAUCGUAUUUACAGUGAUAACGUUAGGUGCAGGAGGCAUGCUUUGUAGAACACUUCAGUACACCUACUACUUUGUUAAGUCAGUGCUAAGUAAAAGUCCUGCCCAUCAUACAUUUUACAAGAAGAGAGCUCGGCACUUACAAAGAGAUUGCUUUAUGAUGAGUUUUACUGAGGCGUUCCUCGAAUCAGCACCCCAAUUGGCAUUGCAACUCUACAUUACGUAUGCCUUGGACAGGAAUUUCACACCUUUAAGAGUUCAAAAUCUUGUGACAUCUGCGUUGAGCAUUACCUGGAACUACUCUGCAUACUAUCGAAGCAAUCGGGCGAACAUAAACAACACGGAGGAUGUUAAACUGAUACCUUUCUUGAUCUACCUAGUUUCCGUCGCCUGCUGUAUUGUACCACGGUUUAUCAGCUUUGUAUUAUUUGCUGUUUAUUUUGAAACAGCUGGGCAAGUAACUGUAUUAGGAAUAUUUGGCAUCCAUGUUUUUGUUGGCUUUUUAGUGAUUGCUGCUAAAGUGAAACCCAAGCUUAACGGUACGGUUGAAUAUCUCGUGUUCCGAUGGUUGUAUUACGCGUUCUUUGCCUACGUGAAGUUCUUUCUUUUUGUGAACUUGGAACACCAUCAGCUGUCUCAGAGUAAUGGUAAAGUUACAACAAUCAGACGAAACUGGUUUGAAGAAAAGAAGACGAAGACAAGAAUGUUACUGCUCUACGCUGUAAUCCAUUUAGAGAAUUUGAUUCUGGCUACAAUACUUAUAUCCUUUAGACUCGAUUUGAUGGCUGAUGGUUUUUUCGUUUUCAUUGUUGUUCUGAUAGGGGCAUUUGGUCAACUAAUUUGUUUGUCGUCAUAUUAUUACUGCUUUCAUAGAAAUAGACCUGGCAAAUGUGUUGGUUGUUUGAAAAGUAGUUAUUGCCCAUGCCCCUGUUUAAACAAUCUGUUUUAAAGAGUAAAUGAAGACAGUUGUUAUAGUAUGUUUAGAUCAUUGUGAUUUAAUGUCUAUUAUUACAGUUUAUGAUUUAAUAUUAGAUCUGAGUUUUAAGAUUUUUUUUGUCAAGUAUGAUAUUGUUUAUGGAAUCCGAACAAUCGGUUAAUCAAAAGUAAGAUUUUGUUUUGUUUUGAAUUAAAGUGCAGUCCUGCCCAAUCCUA